AACCUUUUCUUCCACUAAUCAUCAAUAAAAAAAAUCAGUCUUCAAAUUUUAGAUUUAAACUAAUUAAUCAUGAUAAUUAUACGCCAGGAUAUUUUAAUUUGAGUUCUAUUAUUUGAAUACUUCAAUUAAUUAAUAAUUUUAAUUACAAUAAUAAUAUUCAAAAAAACGGAGUUAAUUAUUAGUUUUAAUUAUAAAAAUAAUAAUUACAAUGGACGUGCGAGGUAUCGAAGUAACAAAUCAGCUGCGGAGCGCGAUAAGAGCAAAACUUUUAGAACUGGGAGUCCGGUAUGACGAAGAACUGCCUGAUUACAUUUUGGUGAUGGUAGUAAACAAGAAAAGCCGACAGCAGAUGCAUGAAGACUUGAAUUUAUUUUUGGAAGACAGCACAACACCAUUUGUCGACUGGUUGCACGACCAAGUGCUGAAAAAAUUGCAGAAAGUUACUGUGGCGAAGCAGAAAAAAGCUCAGAGGGAGUUCGUCCCGACAGUUGUCGUCAAGCAGGAAGAGGAAAAACGCAAGAAGAAAAUUGGCGAUGAUCUGAAAGUUAAGGAUGAACCUGAUAAUGAUUCAAAACUCUCAGCUGUAAGUUCAAGUCCCGCAAAAAGACCGAGUCUCAGUUUGAGUCCGGCUCCAAAAGCGGGAGUCAGUUCAAAUCCGGCAGCUAAAUCGGUACCAAGUUUGAGUCCUACUUCAAAGGCGGGAGUCAGUUUGAGCCCAAGGUCUAGAGUAAGUCCAAGUUUAAGUCCAAGGCCCAGAUCUCGAGUCACUUCAGAACUGGAGCUCAGUCCAGAGCUUGAACCCACUCGAGAAUCAGGACCCAGUCCAGGUAAUUCAGUAAAAUCUAAAACUGAUGCAGUUCCUGACAAGUUUACAGAAGCUCCUGAUAAAGUUAAUCAAGUAAUCAAAGAUAAAGUUUGUGAAAGUACUAAAAGAAGUGUCGAGGAUGAUUUUGACAGACCAGAUAAGCGUUUGAAGACCACUGAUGUCAAGGAACUCGAAUCCAAUGAAGCUGAUGGCAAAAAAUUAAAGUCCUGCGUAAAUAAACCCCGGAUUACUUCUGUUGUUUCCGUGAAAACGAGACUAGGGUGCGCGAGAAAUAAAUUUGAAGUCCACCGGAAUGAAAGGGAGAGGAUCGAAGCCGGGCGCAACGACAGGGAUAGGAGCGAAGCUGAUCGCAGGCAAACUGAUAGACUGGACAAGAGAGUCGACAGGAGACUAUACGAGCCCAGACGGGACUCGCGUCGCACUGACGACAAGCGAGUGAAAGAUGAAAAGAGUCGGCCAACUUCCGCAGUUGCUGAUGCCGCUGAUUACCGCAGGACUGCGGACAAGAAGCCGAGCAAAGACGACAGGAGAACCGAUAGAGUUGAGAGGAAUGUCAAAGACAGACUGGGACAGAUUAAAGCUGGAGGUAAAUUCAAAGAUAAAGUCGAGGAAGUGAGAAAUGUCAGGAGCAGAUUGGGACCGGUCAAGAGUAAAUUUAUAGCCCUGGGAAGGCUGGGAGUUAAAAAUCGGGUGCCAGAUACUUUCGGUGAAGGCAAAAUUGAUGGAGAGGAAGAAGAGGAAGAUGAAGAGGAAGAGCAAGUGGUAGGACCCGUCAAGUCGAGGAUCAUUGCCGUCAAUAACCCGGAUAAAACCGAGCGCAAGACGGAUCAGCUCGAGGGGAUCGCCAGGAAGUUGGCCAAAGAAACUGUUGAAGAGGAAGACGAAGACGAAGAGGAAGAGGGAGGUAGAGAUAAAGAUAAAGCUAUCGCGAGCAAAGUUAUCGUGACUCCCCGGCCGCUGAAACCUCUUCAGCCGGCCCAGAAAAGGGCCACGCAGUCGCUGCUACUGAGGGCUGUCGCAGAGGCAAAUCAGUCUGUCGUUAAACAAAAAAAUCCGGAGCCUGCUUUACUGGAUAAAAAGCCAGUAUUGAAACGUUUGCAACCGAUGAAUAUGAGAGCAAGCGGUAAAAAUUUUUCGGUUCAUUUGAAUGCAACGAAAAGAUUAGUAAUGGAAAAAAUUCAAGUUGAAUUAACUACUUCAGAUACUAAUCAAAUAGAACCUGAACCAUACGUACCUAGAGCUGUUACUGAUGAACAAAUGGGUGUCGUAAUGUCAUUAUUUAAACGCGGUAAUGACAAUCAAAAAUUUCUAGUCACACUUAAUGGUUAUAAUAAUAAUAUUAAUAAAGAACAAAAUUAUUCAGACGACGAUGGUUUAGAAAUGGAGGUGAACGAAGAUGACCAACUAGUACUGAGUACUAAUCAGGGUGAAUCAAUUAUAAAUAGUGAAAUGUCAUUCGACCAGGAUGAAACAGAUGACAAUAUCGACAACAUCGACAGUAAUUUAGACAGUUUGGAGCUCGAAAAUUUAAACACCACAGAAGUUACUGAAGACCUUGAGGAUGUUGAGAAUGAGAAUCAGGAGAAGAGUGACACUGGUGAAAAUAAUGAGAAUCAGUGUACUGAUAAUAUUAACAAUUUAGUAAACGACCAAGUGACGCCGCGUAAACGCAGAAAACUCAGUCCGAUUGUUUACACGCGGUCGCCAUCGCCGUCACCGGAGAAAACGAAGAGUGUGAUGUCGACAGUCAUAUGUGUGGGGAAAAAAUCUCCGAUCGGGACGUCGGCGGUUUUGGUUGAGAAGUCGCGGGACAAAUGCCGCUAUUGGCCGAAUUGUACUCUAGGAAAUAAGUGUGCGUUUACACAUCCGCCAGUUCCUUGCAGCGCAUUUCCCGCAUGCAAAUUUGGUGAUAAAUGUGCAUACAAACAUCCCAAAUGUAAGUUCGGGUUAUCUUGUACUAAGUUAGGAUGCGUAUUCUCGCAUCCAUCACAGCAAUGCAAGUACCAUCCAUUCUGUACGAAACCCGGUUGUAUGUAUUUGCAUCCACAAGCAGUACCCUCACCUGUUGUUGCUGCAGCAGCAACAGCGGCAGUUCCUCCUUUGGAAUCUGUUCGCGCUAAAUUUACGUGGCGUAGACGUGAUUAAUGAGGCGAUUAAGUUUCUUCACAUAAAUAAACCUAUAUAUAAUAUUUUUAUCGUAUCGCGUUGUUAGAGGACUAAAUUUUAAUUAUAAUUAUUAUAAUUAUGAUAACAAUUAAAUGAUAACAUUUAUUAUUAUUAUAAUAAUUAAUA